ACCAUUGAUGUAAGAGACUUGACUCCUAAUCUCCGUCUGCCCUAAUGCUGUUGUCAUCUGGAGUAGAGACUCAGCCAGUCCCACUUGAUUCCUCCAUGCCUGCUGUGGUACAAGAGUUAUACUCUGAACUCUCAGCCAGUGUCUCCAAAGAGCUUCAUGCUGAGAAGGAGCCAAGUAUGAUUCCAGAUAGAAAACCUGGAGCCUCAAGCUCUUCUAGAAGUCAGAGUAGGGCAUUACCCCUGGAGCUGCAGAGGACCCAUGCAGAAGGCUGUUGUGAAGAAACCUUUGAGACCUUGGAUUACGGGGGCAAGACUGGGUGGUGCGGACCAGUGGAGCCCACAGCAAGAGGGCCUGUGGCUUUUGAGCUCUUGGAUAGGGAAGAGAGAACCAAGAGCAUGGAGCCAGAGGUCUUCAGAGAUCAAGGAGACCGGGCCGAAGUUUUCCGAGACCCCUGUGAGGGAGCAAAGGAAGACCCAUGCCAACAUUCCACAGCUACUAAAGAAAAGAUCUGCCCCAGUCAGGAUCCCCUCCUGAUUCAAUCCAGCAAGGAUCCUGUAUGUGUAAACCUGUCUGGAGACCUGCUCAAGAACAAAGGAAAUGUACACAAUACAACUGGAACUCUGCCAGAACCCAUUGAAGACAUACAAGGGGACUGUGCAGUUUCCAGAAUGAACAGAGGGAAAGAGGAGUUGUGUGACUUCAACCUUGUUUGUGAAGCAGGUGACAGUCACCACCAGAUGCCCAACCACUGUAAGGAAGUACACAGUUCUGCACAUGAUAGUUCCACCACUGCAGGAAGCAAAGGUUCUGGAAAACCCUCAGAAGAAAGUUCUAGAAUUUUAUAUCUCACAACAUAUUUAUCUAGCCCCAAAUCCUUAGAAAAACUUGGUUUUGAAAGCAAUGGUUUGAUAAAGGAAUCUGCUGAAAAAAUACACAAGGUUGAUCAAAGCAAGAACUUCACUUGUGGAGAAGAAAAUAAAGAACAGUAUUGGAGGCCCAGGAGUGAAAGAGGGAAUCUCUUUCUUUUCAAUGGCAGGCAACAAGAACAGGAUGGUUCUGGUGAAAAACAGACUGUGGAAUCCAGUAACUGUUGCACUCAGGCUAGUUCCUGUACAGAGAACUAUAAUUCUAUGCCUGAUUCUUUUACUGAAGCCACAGAAAUAAUGUUUAAAAAAAAUGAUCUGAAAAUCACUUUAAACAUUCAAGGUAAUUUGGUAAACUCUGAGGACCAUACAAAAACUGUCACUGAUGUGAACAAUCCUGAGAGACACUCUGAGGAAAGCAGUUUCUCCUUGUUGUUGCAUAGUGAAGAGCCAGCACAGACGACAGGAAAGUCUAGUGCAUUACAUGAAGAGAUUUCCAGUAAAGACUCUAAGUCUGAGGUUAGCAGCCAGAGGAAUCUGGGGGACUCUCUGCCAAAUAAAGCAUCAUGCAAUGAUUUUCUGUCUGGAAGUAAAGCCCUUCAGAGUUUGAUACCAGCAGAUCCAGUGAGUCCUGAACAUAAUGAAAUAUCAAAACCCAAGAAAGGUACUGCAAAAUUACCACCAUGUCCAGAGUUUGAUUGCAGACCUGCUUUAGAAAAGCACGGACAGGCCUCACAUGACAACAUUGCACAUUUAGAUGAACCCAUCAUUGCCUGUGAGUUGAGUGAACGUUCUUGUAACAGUGAACUAGUUGUACACAAAAUAGAACAUGAAUGUGUUUUAAAUCAACAAGUGUCCCUUAAUUCUCAAGAGCAUGUGACAUUACCAACUUACUCUCUACUAAAUCUGAACAGAGAGAUGCCUUCAGCAACAUGCAAAGAUGCUCAACAGAGCCAUCGCUCUCGAAAGAAUGGAGCAAGUGUUACCACCAAUACUCAAACCAUUCCUGCUGAGACAAAAUUGGAAGCCAUGUCUCCACAAGGUGACAGAACCUGUGCUGCCUCUUUAUCCAUCCACCCCUUAAACAGCAAAAUAACAAACCCCGAAGGACAAAAGGAAAUGGCUGAUUCAGGUAUCAGAGAUCUACAUUCCAUGUUCCUCUCAAGAGUGAAGGAAGCAGCUGGCUUUUCCUUUGUCACAGAAUGUCAAAAUGUUCAGUCUCAGGAUCGCUCCAGCUGUCAGUCCGUGACAAGAAAUGCAUCUGAAAAGAAAGUGCACUCUGAUUGUGCUGCUCUUGGACCCACAAAAGACAGCCCGGACGUCAGCAGCUGUAAAAGAAACUCCGCAGAUGCAUGCCAGUCUAGCUGUCACUGCUUCCGAAGACCAGAAGACUUUGUGGAAAAUAGCUCCUCCUUGGUGCGGGAACCUGCCGGGAGGGAGACUCCAAGCAGCAUUCGAGGAGGCAAGGUUAGAAAUGAGAUGACAGUGGGUGUGGCCGAGAGUGGAGCUUGGAACACCACCACUCACACCCCCAGUGAGGCGGGAACCAGUGAGGAAGGCCUGAGGGGGAAGAAGCAGGAUAAACACGAAGACACUGCAGUUGAUGAGCACGGCACCUCUGCUUGUGCCACCCAAGAACCGAACCAAUCUACAACCAUUCCAAGUCCCGACACGCUAGUGGACCAGUCUCUGACUGUUACUUCAUCUCAUUUUCAAACCAGGUACCAAGCAGCUGAAAGCCUUGAACAGAAAGCAGGUGACGUCUCUGACUGUCAGAGUAACCAAAAUAGUCUAGACAAAUGUAGAAGGGAAGGGAAGCCAGCUCGGGAAGGACUAAAUGGUGACCACCAAGACACUAUCCCUGAGGUAAGCCACAAGGGAAAGGAUUUGACAGUCAGUUCAGGCAGUAAAAACCCUAUGUUUUGUGAUAGUUUGGAGAAAAAAGAUCCCAAAGGAGCCUUUGAAAAUGUUCCUGACUCUGCAGCGUUGAAACACAGUGUGCUAGAUGUGGUAUGUCCAUACUGCACGGAUGAGCCUACAGAGAGUGUGCUGGACGUGGAAGCACCUAGUCGAGCUGCUCAUUCGACAAGGCACAAUAGACUGGCAUACCACGAGACCUUAAGGAGCACCUCAUCUCUUCAAGGAGAACUGAACGUUGUAUUUAUAGGUACAGCUCUCCAGGACUCGGAACUCCCAAAUGUUGCUGCUUCUACAGGAGACUCUCCUGAAAUACUAAAAUCACAUGGAGAAAACGUAUGCAGAUCUCUAAAAGACAGUGGAAUGGAAGAGUGUCCAGACUCUGCCAUUGAUCGUGAAGUAGAAUCUGCUGCUGCUGCUGAGCCAGCUAGGAGAGCACAGGAUGGAGGUGGUGUGUCUUUAAAUCACGUUCAUUGUGAGCAUCAGGAUAAAGGAGCAUCUGUGAUGGAAGGACUGAGAUGUGAAGCCAGUUCUGAGUUUGGUGGGAAGGAAACCUUUGGAUUAUCCUCCAAAGACUUGAUGUCUUCUAGGUGCCAUGGCUCUGUGGAGAUGGUGCAUUCCCAUCUUUCUGCUCAAGAACAUGCACCAGCUGGUGUUUGCGGUGAAAUGCCUAAAUUGAAACAUCUCUUUAAACCCAAAGAUGGUAAACUGCUUCAUGAAAACGUCAAGGAUUGCCCAGUCCAGGCUGACGUGAAGGAAGGAAUACCAGCGGAUACAAGUAAUCCUAGUGAAGGAGAUGGCCCAUACAUCAAUGUGGAUAAAACUGUUUGCAAAGCUCGCCAUCCUCAUGAGAGUUCCGUCAAUAAGCAUUUGCGUUUGAUAAUGGAAACAGCAACUAAAAUGAAUAAAGAAGAGACUGAAGAACAUCAGAGAGGACCACUGGCUCACUUACCUGUUGGAGAAAAGUCUGAGGAGACCAUUACCAGAGACGGUCAUGAAGGCAAUUUUUCUAAGAGGUCUCAGACUCACUUGAAAUGCCACAGAGUGCAGGAUGUUGCUGGAAACCCACAAAGCCAGAGAGUUGUGGACUACGUCUUGCCAAAGGAAGAACAUAUAUAUCAAAAGGGUACACAUGCACUGCUGGAACAACACAUGUCAUUGAACGUGUCAGAUGAGGUGCAAAAUAAGAAGCAGCCUGUGGCUAACCGAGAUAAGUCCAUCAUAAUGGAAGAAGUCACCCUAAGAAAGCCAACCACGAAAAAAAUGGCUAGACAGCUUCAGAGGUUGGCAGACCCAAAAGAAGAAAGCUUAUGUCAUCUGUUAAAGAAAGACAUUGAGUUAUGCACAGGUCCUCAGCUUCCUGGUACCUCCUGGAAAGAGCAUGAUUCCAGCUCUGCUGGAGGUGGUCAAAUACAUGGUGCCUUUGUGACUUUGUCAUAUCAGCAAAGAUUGCUUCCCGUAAAGAAGCAGCCUCAUCGAACGUGUAAGAGAAUUUCCUGCCUGGAGCCAGUCACUGUGCGGAGAAAAAUAAGUAAAGUGAGAAAUUCUGAUUAUGGAAAGUGUUCCUCUAAUCCCAUCCCCACGAAAGCACACAGACUUCUCAGCCCAUGUGCCGUGCCUGCCACACCAUUGGAACCUGAAGCAGUACCUAGCAGGAGCUUGUGUAGCCACAUACCAAAGCCAAAGGCUACUCUGUGCCAUCCCUUGAGGAGCCUGAGUUGUAGGAAGCCUACCAAAGAAUCAGCCUUACUAAACAAGUUGUCUAUCCUUGCCUCCAGACUGGUUCUGGCCACAAAGCCCCAGAAACUCAGAUAUCGGCGAUAUUCCUCUUCCCUUGUUCCAUUGGCUAAAAGCUACAAGCGCCUCAGAUAUAAAAAGCUCCUAGAUGGAUUUUCAUAUAAUGCAAUGCAGCUGGACCCAUAUUUGGCAGCUACUGGAUGGGAUAGGAGGUCUAACAGUAAGCCCUUGGCACUUUAUUCUCUUGAAGCUGUCAAAAUGAGCUUCAUAGAUUUGAGCAACAAGAUGCCAUCACUGCUGUUCGGUACCGAAAUCUUCCCAUUUUCCUUUCAUGUGAAAUCAGCAUCCAGUUGCACGGUCGAGUCCCCCAGGACUUUUCCUGAGCACUGUGCUCCAUCGAGACUUGCCUUAGCAGAGACCUCCCAGUGCUCAUCUCCACCUCCCAAGUGGACCUUUUCUUUUUUCAUGUCCCAUGGUUGCCCUGGGAUGGCCACAUUCAGGGAAGACACUGGCCUCUGUAGUCAGACACGCACUCAGGCUCCUCCACAGACUACAGCUCCUCUCCAAGACUAUGGAGGCACUGCCAUAGUCCAGACCAGAGCAGACUGCUCUGGCCUUGGCCUUCACACACUUCUAGCACUUUGUUCACCAGGAUGUUACCGAAUCUGGACAAAAAAACGGAGCUUCUCCAGUCACAUGCCUGCCAUGCAGAGGCUCUUCUUGACCCAGUUUACACAGGGCUUAAAAGGGUUAAGGUCUCCAGCCUCUCUAGCAGACAAGGUCUUCUGCUCUCUGCCCUACUCAGUGGGCCGAGUGUUGUCCAUUUGGAGCCAGCAUGGGCCCUCCUGUACCUUUGAAUUGCCAGCUCUUCAUUCCACUCACAGCAAGCAGCAGGGGAGCCUGAGCGCCCUGAGCAGCCACACCACCAUACCACAUGUGCCUCUUCCAGGCAUGGAAGCUAUCCUUAACACCGACAGCAGUCACAUGAGGCUAGAGCCUGUGUCCCCUGCCUUGGUGCCAAAGUCUUGCUUGGUAACAGAACCUGCUGUCAGCAAGCUCCUGCUUUCAGCCUCUGAGUUCCAGGUCUCUGGGUUUGAUGAGCUGGGUGAUGUAUCCGCGGCGUGCCCCCGACCACAGAGCAGCCCUGCGGAAGAGAAGGAGGCUGAGCCAGAGAAGAGACCAAAGAAAGUCUCACAGAUCCGCAUCCGGAAAACCAUUCCUAAACCAGAUCCCAACCUUACCCCAAUGGGCCUGCCUCGGCCCAAAAGGUUAAAGAAGAAAGAGUUUAGUUUAGAAGAGAUAUAUACAAACAAGAAUUACAAGUCUCCUCCUGCAAACAGGUGUUUAGAAACCAUCUUUGAGGAACCCAAAGAACGAAAUGGUACACUGAUCUCUGUCAGCCAGCAGAAAAGGAAGCGUGUUCUGGAAUUCCAGGAUUUUACCGUCCCCCGAAAGAGACGAGCUCGAGGUAAAGUGAAGCUGGGGGGCAGCUUCACAAGGGCCCAGAAGGCGGCUCUGCAGACUCAAGAGCUGGAUGCGCUUUUGAUUCAGAAGCUGCUGGAACUGGAGACUUUCUUUGCCAAGGAGGAGGAGCAGGAGCAGUCAGUAAGCUGCUGAGAACACUGCAGGGUCUCCAUUUUGAAUCUUUUCAGACCUCCCUGGAAGAGGUUCCCUGAUUUUACCCUGUGCCCAAACCACUCACAAUGCCCAGUCCGUGAAUUUUUACUUAUUUCAAGGUGCAGCCUUUUUAGAAGCUGGUGAAGAAGGGUCCUCUAAUUCUACUGCUGAGUAUAGAGCCUCAGGAAUGCUCCCUUUCUCCUGGGAAUGGUCCUGAAUGACAUCAGGCCACUUCCUUCCCGUCUCUCCCAUCACAGGUGGAAGUAGCCACACAUCUUAAGCAACACUAGGAAUCUAAGGACUCGGUGUUUGUGCAUCCACAUGAAAGUUCCUCUCUGUUUAUGGUGCUGCUUGACCAAGACUUAGAAACGUGGCCUGGGGGGACACCUGGUCACCUGGCCUGUGUGUUCUCACCAGCUCUUUUCAGUGAUUGAGAAGGACGAACUGGUGUGUUUCCUGAUCUCUGAUUCUGUCUGCCCAGGACCUCUAGUCUGAGAGAAUGUGUGUGUUUGUGUGUUUGUGGCUUUUCCCCAUCUUUCCUCCCAUCUGUGACUGCGGGUCACUAGUGCCAGAGGAGCCCGUCCAGGCCCCAACGUAAGUUGCACUUUUUUAAUGUUGUGGUGUUAUUUUCAUUUUUUUCUUGUUUGUUUUUGUAUUAUUGCUGCAUGUUUGGGGUCUUUAAAUGUGAUUUUGAAACACUUUGUAAGACAUUAAGGAGAAAGACAAUACAUGUCUUAAGAGAAUAUGUGACAGGCAUUUGAUCAGCACAUGGAUAGGGGGAGUGUUCCCAUUCAUGUGUUUCAGGCAGUCCCUCCCCGUCUCCAGCUUCUCAUGUAGCUCAUUAGAGGAAGCACUUUUUCAUCCUCCUCCUCAGUCCUGCCCACUUCGUACACAUGUCUGUUUAGUGACAUGUAUAAAAGCAGAUCUCUCUCAUAA